AGAUCGAUUCAGUAAGUCCGUGGAAACGAAUGAGGGAACUUCAUUGCGCACGCUUGACUAUAAUGGCUUUUUGCUGUCAAAAUGUGAUGCAGUUGUUUCUGAAUUUUAUUGCAAUGUGUUGUACAUGGUUUUAAUGAUUACUUGAGCAUCGAACUGUAACUGAAGUGAAGAUUCAUAGCGAUUCGCAAUUUGGAACGUUCAAACAAGUGGAAAUAAAAACAACGCGCGUUAUUAGUAUAAAUCCUAGAAAGCAAACAAUGGAUCAAUACUUUGCAGACGAGGGUAACAUGCGGAUACAACGAAAAAUCAUUGUUCUUUUAUAGUAACGUUUCUUAUUUUGCGUAUAUUCAUCGUAUUUAAAAAUUUGAAAAGGUAAAAGUUGCAUUGGCCGUCGACAUGGAUAAGUCGGAUAAUCAGUUAAAAACCUGGAAAAAGAAGAGUAUGAAGUCGAGUGGUUCAGCGGAUGUUGUGACCCAAUGCGUUCAGGUGGUCGUGCGUUGCAGACCGAUGGACGAGAAGGAACUGGCCCGUGGCUAUAUGCGUGUGGUUGAUGUAUUCCCAUCGAGAGGAGUGGUCGAGAUACGUCAUCCGCGAGAUGAUCCAUCGAGCGAUAAUGUGAAAGUUUUUACAUUUGAUGCGGUCUACGACUGGAAUUCCAGUCAACAAGAUCUCUACGAAGAAACGGUCAGACCGUUGGUAUCCUCGGUUCUCGAUGGUUUCAACGGAACUAUUUUUGCAUAUGGGCAAACCGGCACCGGGAAAACGUAUACAAUGGAAGGUCUGAAGACUGAUCACGAGAGGCGUGGUGUAAUUCCACGAUCGUUUGAGCAUAUUUUUAACCACAUAGGCAGAUCCGAGAAUAUGCAGUAUUUGGUACGUGCCAGUUACCUUGAAAUAUAUCAGGAAGAGAUUCGCGACCUCUUGCAACCUGAUCAGAGUCUCAGAUUUGAGUUGAAAGAGAAACCGGACAUUGGUGUGUUCGUUAAAGAUCUGUCCACCUCCGUAUGCAAAAGCGCUGCCGAGAUUCAACAAUUGAUGAAUACUGGAAAUCAGAAUAGGACUAUAGGUGCAACAAAUAUGAAUGAGCACAGCUCGAGAUCGCACGCUAUAUUUUUAAUCACUAUUGAAAUGGGAUCGAUCGGGGAUACAGGUGGAAUCAGAGUUGGUCGUCUAAAUUUGGUAGAUUUGGCAGGUAGCGAAAGGCAGAGUAAAACUGGAUCCUCCGGAGAGAGACUGAAAGAAGCGAGUAAGAUCAACUUAAGCUUAUCAGCGUUAGGAAAUGUGAUAUCAGCUCUAGUUGACGGUAAAACGACGCACGUGCCGUAUAGAGAUUCCAAAUUGACGCGGUUGCUGCAAGAUUCUUUGGGCGGGAAUUCGAAGACUAUCAUGGUUGCCAACAUUGGACCAGCUAGUUAUAAUUAUGAGGAAACGUUGACAACGUUGCGAUACGCGAACCGAGCCAAAAAUAUUAAGAAUAAGCCAAGAAUAAACGAAGAUCCAAAAGAUGCGUUGUUGAGACAAUAUCAGGAAGAAAUUGGCCGAUUGAAAGAGAAAUUGGCGCAAAAAGGUAUGGUGCAAAAACGGAAAAAGAAAUCGAAGAGGAAGAAGGAGGAUGAAACCAUAGAAUCCGAAUCUGAAACGGAAGACAGUCGAGGUGAAGAUAAUAAAAUAGAAACGGAUAAAAAAUUAAUCGCAGAACAGUUGAAGGCUGAGAAACAAGAGACGGAAACACUUAUAAUGAGAAUAAAAGAUUUGGAAAGUAAAAUGCUUUGCGGUGGAAAAAAUAUUAUUGACCAUACUAAUGAACAGCAGAGAGCAUUAGAACAGAAAGCGGCCGAAAUAGCCGAAAGGAAGAAAAGAGAAGUGGAAAUGCAGCAAAAACUUGAAGAUGAAGAGCUCACAAUGUUAGGUGUGAAAGAAACUUAUUCAAAUUUGCAACAGGAAGUAGAUGUGAAAUCAAGAAAGCUUAGAAAAUGUUUCAAUAAAUUGCAAGUUUUAAAGCAAGAAUUGGAAGACGUUACUAAUGAUUUCAAUAGAGAUAGGAGAGACUUGGAACAAACUCAGCAUGAAUUAAUGAAAGAAUUAAAAUUGAAAUAUCUUAUAAUAGAAAAUUUCAUUCCCGAAGAAGAAAAGAAUAAGAUUCUAUCUAGAAUCCAUCUCGAUGAAGAGGAAGAUUGCUGGAUAGUGAAAGAACCAGAACCAUCCAGUAUAGACUUGAUUAAGAGACCUACAUCAAUUCCUGGUGCCCGUAGACCCGUUUCAGAAUAUGCACGAAUUGCGCUAGCCAUGGGAAGAGGUUGUCGUUAUGCGGGUGAAAAUAUAUUGAAUUUAGAUUUAGAUAUGCCUGCUAGAACAACAUUGGAUUAUCAAGGGCCCGUAAUCGCGCCUACAAUUCAAGCUGUACUUGAGGAAGCGUUGCGAGACGAAGGUGACAUCGAUGUGGAUGCUUCUAGUGCAAAACUUAGAUCAAAGCCACGCUUACAAUCCGCGAAAAUACGACCUAAAAGCGUUGGAAAAAUACCGCAAAUUCCAGCACCGGUUUAUCCAAAAACGAGAGGUCUUGUACCGAAGUAGGAAAUUUUUCAAUACGUUCCAGUAAAAAUCUGUAAAGAAAAUGUGUAAAUAUUGUACGAAUUGCAUUUUGAGCUUUGUUUGAUUAAUUUAUAUAUAUAUAUUAUAUAUAUAUAAAUAUAUAUAAGUAUAUAUAUAUAAUAUAUAUAUAAAUAUAUAUUAUGUAUAAUUAUAUAAUUUGUUGUGAUACGUCACAUGGUAUUCUAUGUGUAUCGAUAAGCGCGAAAUAUCCGGAAUCUCUAUAAUCCUCUAGUCAAUGUGCAUUGUGCAGUCACAUGGUAUUAGUAUAUUGAUUAUUUCAUUAUUUGCAUUAAUAAAAUAUAAAAUAAUUGUCAAGUUAAA